UGCUGCUGCUCGCGCCGCCGUCCUCCAUUUUGUGGCUGGGGCAAGCCGCGGACCAGAGCGCCGACGGAGCGGCUGGCUGGCGGAGGGGAGAGGCAGGAGGGAAAGGGGGAGGGCGGGACGCUCAGAAGGGCUGGGGAAGGAAGGAGGGGAGCAGGAGGCGGUCGAGCGUGGCUCGUCCGCGUUAAUUGACUGGGGAGGGGGAGCAGAGGUGUGUGUGUGUGUUGGGGGGGGGGGGUUGCACGGCGAAGAAGGAGCAGGUGAGGGGCUGGUGGCGUCGCCGCGCGUGAAGGGGAGGGCGGCCUCGCUUCUCAUCCGCAAAGGGGCGGCUGCGUCAGCCCCCACCCCGCGCCCAAUCCCCGCCGCCCCUGGACUCUCCUGCCUCCCCGUCUCCGCCGAGUUGUUUAUUCGCCUCGCUUCUCUUGGAGCCAUGGAAGUUGGCGGGUAGAGAAGUCCCCCGCGCCCCCACCCACUCGAGAAGACAAUGGAGUCCAAAGAAUCACUAAAGUCCACAGUGGAGGAAGCAGGGAAGAGUGUUCAUUUCUGUGACAAAGGAGGGCAUAUGAUGGACUUUCCUCCAUCCUUUAGGGGUGGAGCUCCUGUCAAAACUCCUGCAUCUACAGCUCCGUUUCCUGCCUCCUCUCAGUCUGACUCUAAGCAGCAACCUGCUCUGUGUGAUUUGUCAAAGGGAUUAGGAAGCAAUGCACCACAGCCAGAUCUCUCCAAAGCAGUGUCGCUGUCAAUGGGAAUAUAUAUGGGCGAAACAGAUACAAAAGUGAUGGGAAACGAACUUGGAUUUCCGCAGCAGGGCCAAAUCAGUCUCUCUUCUGGAGAAACAGAUUUCAGGCUCCUCGAAGAAAGCAUUGCGAGCUUGAAUAAGACUUCUAGCCUGGCUGAAGGCUCAAAGAGUUCGGCAUCUCUCGAUGUGCCCCUAGAACCGGGGUUCCCAAGCAUGGCUAGUCGUGAUCGCACUUUAGAGCAAGGAGCUUUAGUGCAAGGCCAAGUUGGCAGUAAUGGUGGCAGCUUGAAGUUGUUCUCUGAAGACCAAAGCACUUUUGAUAUUCUGCAGGAUUUUGAUUUGCCUCCUGUAUCUCCCGGAAAAGAAACAAAUGGGAGUCCUUGGAGAAUGGAUCCCUUACUGGAUGAAGGCAGCUUGCUUUCGCCUCUUGGUGCAGAUGAGGGUUUUCUUCUUGAAGAAAAGGAUAUUGAGGACUGUAAGCCUCCUGUUUUACAAGACAGUAAGCCUACAAUCAGUGAACGUGGGGAUAUUUUGCCCACCCACACGGUGCCACAAGUGAAGACAGAGAAAGAAGAUUUUAUUGAACUGUGUACCCCUGGGGUUAUAAAGCAAGAGAAAAUCAGUCCAGGUUAUUGCCAGGCCAGCUUCUCUGGUUCUAAUGUGCUCGGAAAUAAAACAUCUGCCAUUUCUGUUCAUGGUGUCAGCACUUCUGGAGGACAAAUGUACCAUUAUGACUUGAAUAUGGCAUCCGUCUCUCAACAGCAGGAUCAGAAACCAGUUUUUAAUGCCAUUCCAUCUCAUCCUGCUAGUACAGAAAAUUGGAAUAGGUGCCAAGGAUCUGGGGAUGCUCUUGCUUCGAUAGGAGCUUUGAAUUUUUCUGGAAGACCUGCCUUCUCUAAUGGCUAUUCAAGUCCUGGAAUAAGAUCUGAUGUGAGCACUUCACCAUCUACCUCCUCAACAGCUACGGGACCACCUCCCAAACUUUGCCUUGUUUGCUCUGAUGAGGCUUCUGGAUGCCAUUAUGGUGUCUUAACUUGCGGCAGUUGUAAAGUAUUCUUCAAAAGAGCUGUGGAAGGGCAGCACAAUUAUCUCUGUGCUGGCAGGAAUGAUUGCAUUAUUGACAAAAUUCGCAGGAAGAACUGCCCUGCUUGCCGCUACCGGAAAUGUCUUCAAGCCGGCAUGAACCUAGAAGCUCGAAAGACUAAGAAGAAAAUAAAAGGAAUUCAGCAGUCCAACAUUACUGCUGGGAGGGAUACUGCUGAAAGUUCUGUAAACAAGGCUGUAGUUCCUGUCACCCUGCCACAACUUACUCCUACUCUGGUUUCCCUACUGGAAGUCAUUGAGCCAGAAGUGAUGUUUUCCGGCUAUGACAGCACAAUACCAGACACAACAUGGCGUAUAAUGUCAACUCUCAAUAUGCUAGGAGGAAGGCAAGUGGUAGCUGCAGUUAAAUGGGCAAAGGCGAUACCAGGUUUCAGAAACUUGCACCUGGAUGACCAAAUGACCCUUCUGCAGUAUUCAUGGAUGUUUCUGAUGGCUUUUGCUCUGGGAUGGAGAUCGUACAAGCAGUCUAAUGGAAGCCUGCUUUGUUUUGCACCAGACUUGAUCAUUAAUGAGCAGAGAAUGAAUUUACCCUGCAUGUAUGAACAAUGCAAACGCUUACUGAUGGUUACUAAUGAGUUAGCACGGCUUCAAGUUUCAUAUGAAGAAUAUCUCUGUAUGAAAACUUUGCUACUUCUCUCUACAGUUCCCAAGGAGGGCCUGAAGAGCCAAGCCCUGUUUGAAGAAAUUCGUAUGACCUACAUUAAAGAGCUGGGAAAAGCCAUUGUGAAGAGAGAAGGGAACUCAAGUCAGAACUGGCAGCGAUUUUAUCAACUGACUAAACUUUUGGACUCCAUGCAUGAUGUGGUUGAGAAUCUUCUAAGCUUUUGCUUCCAAACGUUUUUGGAUAAAUCCAUGAGUGUUGAGUUUCCAGAAAUGUUGGCAGAAAUCAUCAGCAAUCAGUUACCAAAAUAUUCAAAUGGAAAUAUCAAAAAACUGUUAUUUCAUCAGAAAUGACUGCCUUAAUACAGAAAGAUUGCCUUAAGAAAAAAGUCAUUAUAGCUUCUUUUUUUAUAAACUAAAAGACUUGUUAAUUUUGUCCUUGCAACUAUAUUGGGUGUUCUUGUUUUGUUUUUGUAAUUAUGCACUACAUGUGGUUUACAGAGGGCCAAGACCUAGGUUUCAGAAGCAGCCCCUUUAACUAAAUGAUUACAGGAAGAAGAAAAGGAAGGAAAUAUGGAUUAAGAUUCUUUCAUCCAUGUGCUACACCACCGUAUCGGCAGUAUAGGAUGCACCAAAACCAGCGGUGUCAAGCUCAGAGUCUACAUUUGUCAACAUUCUGCUAGGAAUUUUUGCAAGUUGGCUGGAUAAAAUUUUCUAGAUUUUUGUUUUGGUAUAGAUUUUUUUGUAUAGUUAAGGUAGCAUUUUUUGAUUUGUGCAUGUUAACAUGAAGAAAGUUUACAACUGUAUAUCAGAAAAGGGAAGUUGUGCCUUUUAUAGCUAUUAUUGUCUGGUUUUAGCAAUUUCCUUUAACUUUAUAUACAGUGAAAGCUUGCUCAUUUUUUCUUACAUAAUUUUGUAAAACUUCAAGAUGCCUAUUGUAUAGCUGUUUUUUAAGGUGGGGCAGCUCAUAGCUUAAGGACCUCUAGAUAUUGCUCUUUGAAUAUACUCAUGUGAAUAUAGGUUGACUUUUCUAACCUGAUCAAGACUAUCAUAGUGACCCUUCUAUGUAAAUCAUUUUGACCGAUAAAUUCAGCCUUCUUUAAGGGGGGUGGGAGUAGGAAUUGAAAUUUAUUCCAAAUCAAAUCUGAAAUACAUACUUUUGUUAUUUGUCAAACAUGUUCUGUGAGCUACUAAAAAAUUAGCUCUGUCUUAAACAGAUCUGUAAACUUUUUUAAACAACCUAGAUAUUUCCAUUUAAUGCGAUAGCCAUAAUUGUAAGGAUCUUGGGCUAGAUUGACAGUAAAAAGAUCAGUCUUGACUGCCCAUCAGGAAACUUUCAGGAAAAUAUGCAUAAUUUUUAAAAGGUUUAUUUCUAUGUGGAGAAAUGAACUUUUUCCAUACUCAAUUUAUUGCCAUACGUGUGUGUACUUCUGUGUGUAUUGAUGCAUAUAUAUAUAUGUAUAUGUAUACAGUGGCCACAAUCCAGAGCAGCUAUAGUUAGCAGAACAAAACUGAUAUGCACAACCAAUGGUGUGUCUAAUGUUCUCCUUGGACACAAUUUAAAAGCCACAAAACCUGUGCUUUUAAAAAGAAAUUAGGAGAUCAAUAUUGUUGACCAAUCAUUUUUCACAAGGUGCAAAGUUGUACAUUUACCUCUAUGGGGUGCUUAGAACUGCUAAAUUUGACCGGAGUUAGAGCAGAGUUCUGCUUUUGAGACUUCUCCCUUCUGCCUCAGGAUGUGAUCAGCACUGACAGAUCUGAUUAUCUGUUGAAAAGAAAGUGAGGGAUGUCAGCACUGACUUAGAGCUGUUAGUGGAAUUCACCUGUUGCACGACCUGUGCACAGUGCAGGAGUUACCCUGAGUACUGAACAUCGGGGACUUGCCUCUAUGGAAGCUUUUUGCACUCCCAGUAGAGCAGAUCCACAAGUAGAAAGAAUGUUCUUUCUGCUCAUGGAUCACUCACUGGAUUGGGGCAGACGUGUAUACUCUUGAUGCCAUUUUAAGUUGAUGGCUACAUUUCCAUUGACUUUAACAGUCAGGAACUAUAUAUAUAUAUGUAUGUAUAUGUACAUGUGCAUGUACAUGCAUACAUACUUUUUAUAUAAAUACAUAUAUAUAAAAACAUAUAAAUAUCAUUGACUUACAAAAUAGUUGUAAUUAUGCCCAAUAUUUUAUGUUUAUUGUAAUAAUUCUUUAAAAGGUUUUGUUUCAAAUAAGAUAUGCAGAAGAUAAAAUAGACCAAACUACAAUUUAAAAAAUCCUCUUACUUGUGGAAGAUAAAAAAAUCCCAAACCUGUGUAUGGUUACACACCCGUUUUUCACCUUGUUGUCAUCAACUGUUUCAUCUUGUUUCCUGGAGAACAGGAAAAUUCCGCUACUGAUUCUGUGGUUUAAGUAGAAGUUAGUGUCUGUGCAGCUCUAUCCCUUCUGUAUCAAAUUACUAGUGUGCCAUAAAGCAACCACAUAUGUCUUGUGAAAUUUUCCUUGUCAUCACUGAUUUAUAUUUUAAACAAUUUGUAAGCUGUAGUAGCCCAUUCUUUGAGCACCUUAGGAAUUUUCUGAAAAAUGUAAAAUAUUUUGCCACUCUAAUGAAAGGGGGGUGAGCUUUUUACUCUUAAGUGGCCUGAAUAUUUCUGUAAGAGAAAAUAGUGGCACUUAAUAACCUAACAAGGGGGUUAAAAAUCAAAUACUAGAACAUUAAGCUAUUAAUAUAUUUUAGGUAUAGUUUCAAAUAUGUAUCAUUGGUUGCUAUUUGAAGAAAACAAUGGAAGGGCUACUACAGCUUUAAAAGCAGUUUAUCAAAUGAUUGUAAAAUAGUUUGUAUAGUGUAUGAUAAGAAUGGUUUUUAGAUGACAGAUUGCUUUAUCAUGACACAUGAUAUAUUUUUUCUAGGGGGUCACAAAAGUGUUGAAUUAUGGUUAUGUCUGGAAGUAUUAAUCCUGGCAGCAUUGUUCUGAAAUAGCUGAAGAGGUACUCUGAUUUUAUGUGUUUUUCCUUGUUCUUUUUCUUUCUUUCCUUUCAUUUAAAGGAAUCUCCCAGCAUUUAAAGGGGGGUUCCUGGGGCUGAAACCAAAAUUCAUUAGACCUCUUAUCUGUAAAAAAAAAAACAGGCUGAAAGUUGGACAAUGUAAGCGAGCCUGUGUGCUUGGUUACCCCUCACAUUCCAGGACUAAACUUAUACAA